UCGGAGUUAGAAGGGGUGAACGGAAGCCUGGAUGCGCUCGGCCGUGUCCAGCGGCUCGCGGGACGACCGCGGCGGCGGCGGCGGCGGCAGGCAAAAAGUGUGCUGUAUCAACUCAGGAGCAUAACAGCAAACUGCAGCAACAGCUUUGAUAUCAACAAUGAAGCAAUGAUAUCUGAGGACAAAAGAGCACUUGCCAACUGUUUGUCAUCACCAUUUCAAGUGUUUGUAUAAGCAGAAACAACUGCAACAGAUUCCUGGGUCUGCUAGAAUAGGGGGAAUGUUUUUUUCUGAUACUAAUUAUUUAGAAGGAGUUUUAAUAUAGAUUAAGUUAUAUACAACCAAAUGAAAUAAAAAUGAGUGAAACCCCCAGAUUCUUUGUUGGGCCUGAAGAAACAGAAAUAAACCCUGGAAAUUACCGACAUUUCUUCCACCAUGCAGAUGAAGAUGAGGAGGAGGAGGAUGAAUCUCCACCAGAAAGGCAGAUUGUGGUUGGAAUAUGUUCCAUGGCAAAGAAAUCCAAAUCCAAACCAAUGAAGGAAAUUCUUGAACGGAUCUCCUUAUUUAAAUAUAUCACAGUAGUAGUAUUUGAAGAGGAAGUUAUUUUGAAUGAACCAGUGGAAAACUGGCCUUUAUGUGAUUGUCUUAUUUCUUUCCACUCUAAAGGAUUUCCACUGGACAAAGCAGUUGCCUAUGCAAAACUCAGGAAUCCAUUUGUAAUCAAUGACUUGAACAUGCAGUAUCUCAUACAAGAUAGGAGAGAAGUAUAUAGUAUUCUUCAAGCUGAAGGUAUUUUACUUCCUCGUUAUGCAAUUUUGAACCGUGACCCAAAUAAUCCCAAAGAGUGCAGCCUGAUUGAAGGAGAAGAUCACGUAGAAGUAAAUGGGGAGGUUUUCCAAAAGCCUUUUGUAGAAAAGCCGGUCAGUGCAGAAGAUCACAACGUUUACAUUUAUUACCCCACAUCUGCUGGUGGCGGAAGUCAAAGACUCUUUAGGAAGAUUGGCAGUAGAAGUAGUGUUUAUUCCCCAGAAAGCAAUGUACGAAAAACAGGUUCAUAUAUAUACGAAGAGUUUAUGCCCACAGAUGGUACAGAUGUUAAGGUUUAUACAGUGGGUCCAGAUUAUGCGCAUGCUGAAGCUCGGAAAUCUCCGGCGCUUGACGGCAAGGUGGAAAGAGAUAGUGAAGGAAAAGAAGUCAGAUACCCUGUCAUUCUCAAUGCACGAGAGAAAUUAAUUGCUUGGAAAGUCUGUCUUGCUUUUAAGCAAACAGUUUGUGGCUUUGAUUUGUUACGGGCCAAUGGACAGUCCUAUGUCUGUGAUGUCAAUGGCUUCAGUUUUGUGAAAAAUUCCAUGAAGUAUUAUGAUGAUUGUGCAAAAAUACUUGGAAAUAUUGUAAUGCGAGAGCUUGCUCCACAAUUUCAUAUUCCCUGGUCGAUACCUUUAGAAGCUGAAGAUAUCCCAAUUGUACCAACUACAUCUGGAACUAUGAUGGAACUUAGAUGUGUCAUAGCUGUCAUACGUCAUGGGGAUCGGACACCGAAACAGAAAAUGAAAAUGGAAGUCAGGCAUCAAAAAUUUUUUGACCUCUUUGAAAAGUGUGAUGGAUAUAAAUCAGGGAAAUUAAAACUCAAAAAGCCAAAACAAUUACAGGAGGUGCUAGAUAUUGCAAGGCAACUUCUUACAGAGCUGGGGCAAAAUAAUGAUUCUGAAAUUGAAGAAAACAAGUCAAAACUUGAACAACUUAAGACGGUACUAGAAAUGUAUGGCCAUUUUUCUGGAAUAAAUCGUAAGGUUCAGCUGACUUAUCUCCCUCAUGGUUGUCCUAAAACAUCUAGUGAAGAGGAAGACAGCCGAAGAGAAGAACCAUCCUUGCUUCUGGUUCUAAAAUGGGGAGGAGAAUUAACUCCUGCAGGCAGAGUCCAGGCUGAAGAACUUGGAAGAGCUUUCAGGUGUAUGUAUCCUGGAGGUCAAGGAGAUUAUGCAGGGUUUCCUGGUUGUGGUUUACUUAGAUUACAUAGCACCUACCGACAUGACCUCAAAAUUUAUGCUUCUGACGAAGGACGGGUACAGAUGACUGCAGCUGCUUUUGCAAAGGGGCUGUUAGCUCUAGAAGGAGAGCUUACUCCCAUUCUUGUUCAGAUGGUAAAAAGUGCAAACAUGAAUGGUCUUUUGGAUAGUGAUAGUGACUCUUUGAGCAGUUGUCAGCAACGUGUGAAAGCAAGGCUUCACGAAAUACUUCAGAAAGACAGAGAUUUUACUGCUGAAGACUAUGAAAAGCUUACUCCAUCUGGAAGCCUUUCUCUUAUCAAAUCAAUGCAUUUGAUUAAGAAUCCUGUGAAGACCUGUGACAAAGUUUAUUCCUUGAUUCAAAGUUUGACUUCUCAAAUUAGACAUCGAAUGGAAGAUCCCAAAUCAUCAGAUAUUCAGCUUUACCAUAGUGAAACACUGGAGCUUAUGCUACGUAGAUGGUCCAAGUUGGAGAAAGACUUUAAAACAAAGAAUGGAAGAUAUGAUAUUAGUAAAAUUCCUGACAUAUAUGACUGUAUAAAAUAUGAUGUCCAACAUAAUGGUUCCUUGAAAUUAGAAAAUACAAUGGAAUUAUACAGGCUUUCGAAAGCGUUAGCAGAUAUUGUCAUCCCUCAGGAAUAUGGUAUAACUAAAGCUGAAAAACUGGAAAUUGCCAAAGGCUACUGUACUCCUCUAGUUAGAAAAAUUCGCUCAGACCUUCAGAGGACACAAGAUGAUGACACUGUAAAUAAACUCCACCCUGUGUAUUCCAGAGGUGUUCUGUCUCCUGAACGUCAUGUCCGUACCAGAUUAUAUUUUACCAGUGAAAGUCAUGUACAUUCUUUAUUAUCUAUUCUUCGCUAUGGUGCCUUAUGCAAUGAAUCAAAGGAUGAACAGUGGAAACGAGCUAUGGAUUACCUAAACGUUGUCAAUGAACUCAACUACAUGACGCAGAUCGUUAUCAUGCUGUAUGAGGAUCCGAACAAGGAUCUCUCCUCAGAGGAGCGCUUUCAUGUUGAAUUACACUUUAGUCCAGGAGCCAAAGGCUGUGAAGAAGACAAAAAUUUACCAUCCGGUUAUGGAUAUAGACCGGCCUCCAGAGAGAAUGAAGGCAGGAGAUCUUUUAAAGUUGAUAGUGACGAUGAACCACAUACUUCUAAAAAGGAUGAGGUUGAUCGAGCUGUGAUAUUGUUUAAGCCAAUGGUAUCAGAGCCAAUUCAUAUACACAGGAAGUCUCCACUUCCAAGGUCUAGGAAGAUGGCUACAAAUGAAGAAGAGAGCCCCCUGAGUGUGUCUAGCCCAGAGGGUACUGGUACCUGGCUGCAUUAUACCAGCGGUGUGGGUACUGGGCGUCGAAGACGCAGAUCAGGGGAACAAAUCACUUCUUCCCCUGUCUCCCCCAAAUCAUUGGCUUUCACAUCCAGUAUUUUUGGCUCAUGGCAACAGGUCGUAUCUGAAAAUGCGAGCUACCUUCGAACACCAAGAACUCUUGUGGAACAGAAGCAGAAUCCUACUGUAGGGUCUCACUGUGCGGGCCUGUUUAGCACCACGGUGCUCGGGGGUUCUUCAAGCGCACCUAACCUACAGGAUUAUGCUCGUACUCAUCGUAAAAAGCUGACCUCUUCUGGCUGCAUAGAUGACGCCACACGCGGUUCUGCUGUUAAAAGGUUUUCUAUCUCAUUUGCUCGACACCCAACCAAUGGCUUUGAAUUGUAUUCCAUGGUGCCAUCUAUUUGUCCUCUAGAAACUCUUCACAAUGCCCUGUCUUUAAAGCAAGUGGAUGAAUUUCUUGCUUCCAUUGCUUCUCCAUCAAGUGAUGUUCCACGGAAGAUCCCUGAAAUUUCCUCUGCAACUUCACGGUCCAGUCCAGCAAUGAGAAGGAAAGUAUCUUUAAAUACAUAUACACCUGCAAAGAUCCUCCCAACACCACCAGCUACCUUAAAGAGCACUAAAGCAAGCAGCAAACCAGGUACCAGUGGACCUUCUACUGCAGUUGUUCCCAAUACCUCAGCUCGAAGAAAGAGUAUAACUAACAAAACAGAAACGCCUGAUCACAAAAAAAGCGUUGGGAAAAAGAAAUGAAAAUGAAAGAGAACUUCUUAAGCUUACAAAAAUCACAAUUGAGUAGAAAAAGACCUUGACUUAAAACUGUCAAGGCAAGCAAUGUAUGUUUUUUCUUAUACAUAUCUGUAUUUAUGUAAGAAUUUUGUCACAUCUAGGGAAUUGUUUGAUUAUGUUCACGUAAGGAUAUUUUGUCUCGUUCUAGAAAUGUCCUAACCAAUGUUUAUAGUAUUCUGUGAGUAGCAGAACCUGCAGUAAAAAGGUCUGGUGGUGUCAUUAUGAUGUUUACCAUGUUCCUAUGGUAAAUAAAAGGAACAUAAAAGCCCAGCUGGCCUGAAACUGUCACACCAGUCCUGCAAGGUACUGCAGAGUAUGACGAGCCAGCCUCUUUACACACUUAUUUUCAUGGGAUUGCAUCUUAGCUUUAAAGACCUUUAGCUUAAGUUAAAAAUUGACAGCCAAUAUUACAUACUGGGGACUUUAUACAAAGUAUAUUCCCAAAGAGACUUCAUUGACCACUUAGAUUAGAAAAUUUGUCUCAAUUGUUACAGUGACACAUAUGCUGCAAUAUUUAAUGACUGGAGUAUUAGCACAUAGGUUAUUUUUUAAAUCUGUGCUUUGAAUUUGUAAAUGUAUGUUAUUUAAGAUAUUGCAUAUACAGCUGGGAGAACUAUACCUUUAUGCACAUAAAUUUGUAUAUUAAUUUGUAGAAAAUAUUUUCUUUAUAUAUUUCCUUACCAUAAGAGGUGCUUUAUUCAUCAGGAAAAUUUUUGCCUCAUAUUGGCAAAAAAGGCACCUGUUGAGUUUCUUUUUUAGAUAUAUAGAUGACAAGUUUAUAAAUAUACUUAUUUUCGGAGUUCUUUUUAGAUAAGAAACUCUACUCAAAAAUGGUAAUCAUCAGUGUCAGAAAUCUGAAUUCUUUUAAGUUAGUAGGUAUUAUAUAUAGCAUCUUUUUUUUUUUACCAUUUCCAUUCUUAUCUCUUAUAUUAUCACUUGAUCUCACUAAGAAGGCUUAAAGAUUGACCAUUUGAAAUUAAUCCUCUUUUGAAAUGUUAAAUUUUGAAAGCAAAUUGAGAUAUUAUGUUGUGAUUUCAUCUAUGAUAUGAAAAACAUUUAUUGUCCUUGGUGCUUUCUUCCCUCAUUGCACAAAUACUUGCAAAUCACUUGAAAUGACUUAAACUAUAAACCAAACAGAGCAACCUGCUAAGAAUCCCAUGCAUUGCAAGUUACAUAAUUUAAAUUACUAAAGCUUUAGCUUGAAGCUUACGUUUAGAAAUAUUAUUGAAUUCUCAUAGUAUGAAUACAACUGCUGCAAUUCUCCAGAAGAGGCUCUUCUAACCUUAAAUCAUCAUAUAUGAACUGGUUUUUAGAAAAUAAGAAUACUAUGUGUUAGUUGUGUCAAAAGGUACCAAAUGGAAAAGUCAGGAAUAUGUACAAUUAAAUAAGUUCAUCUACUUCACUUGAAUGUAAAUGUAUUAUACGGAGACAUGUCUAGUAAACAGCUGAAUGUACUUAAGUUUUCUGUAUGUGAAAAUUGGUUAAUGUACUCAUUGUUGGGGUGAGGAAACUACUUUUAUUUUUUAAGUGGAACUGAAUUAAAAUAUUUUAUUUCCAGAAUCAGA